AUGAUUGAAGGUUUAAAGAGGAAUUUGGGUCAAAAUAAACAUAUAUACGAUACGAUUCAUGAAAUGAAAACUUCGCAAGACGCGUUCCAAAAAGAAACAAAUGAAAAACUAAAUACUAUUUCAGAGAAAAUUAACCAAUUAAUUACUCCUGAAGAUUCCUAUUGGAAGAGUUUGGCGUCAAAAGCAUGCAAAAUUCAACUACCUAUUCUUGGUCUUUAUCCUGAUGAUUCAGAAUUCAAGAAAGGUUUAGAAAGUAUACUUGAACAAGAAAAGCCAGGUUAUAUCGAACAACUUGGUUUACAAUGGAAUCAGUAUUAUUCGGGACGCAUCAGACCUCUAUGUCGUGACGUAAUUAAAAGUCAAAGAUGUGAUAAGGCCAAAGAUAUCCGAUCUGCAAUGUUUGACAUAUUUGGCGAAAAUCUUUUAACUCGAAUUAAUACUUCGGCAGGAGCUGAAGAUAUUACGGCUUUUAAAAAUUCAAAUAAUACUAAAAAGGCGUUUAAAUGUUUAUUUAUAAGUGAUGAUGAUGGUGCUCUUCCAUAUAUUGAAGCAAUUAAGAAAAAGGCUUGGGGAAAAAAGAAGACUACAUUGAUGGAUACUGCUUUCACGUUGGCAGUUUGUGAAAUUGUUUUAAAUCCUAGACAUCCACGAAUAUCUGUUAGCGAUAAUGCUCUCCAUAAACGAUUUGAUUUAUAUUUGGAUUGUAUCUGUAAUUUUAAAGAAAUAACGUCCGAGAUUACCAAACAAGUUAGACAAGAUGAAUUAGGUAAAACAUGUGAUAAUUCGGAUGACACUAGCGAGAGUGAUGACCACCAUUAUGAUGAUCGUGAUGAAGAUCAAGAGAAUGAUCAAGUCGAUAAAGAACUUGGCGAAAAUAACAAUGAUAUUAAUCAGAAUCAAACAAUUGAUGAAUAA